CUUAUCGGUAUAUAAUAAUUAAAGUCUGCAUGGUGUAGUAAUCAGGCCCCAAUCCUGCUUUUUCAGCCAACUAUAUUCUUGAGGUCGUCGGUCUAACUUGCAGUUGGACAUCCUAUAGCCUACCUAUCUACGUUUGCCGUGAUUAGGUGGAAACCCAGUUUUCCCACAUAUUAAUACCUACUUAACGACCUUACCUACUUUCAAUGAUUUGAUAGGCAUAUUAGAAAAACACAUGUUUCAAAGUAAUUGCAUUGUUAAAAGCAUUAAAGUGUAUCACACACAGUGUGAGUACACGCAUAAGAGGAGCGGAUCGUUUGUAGCUACUCCUUUUCAAGGUGUCAGUAUUUUUCAUGAAUGAGCAACAAUUACCGCGGAAUUUAUAAUGUCAAUAACCUUGAUCACUGAUCAACGAAACUAUUCAAACAGAGAAAAAAAACAUUAUUGAAAGAUCGAAAACGAAAGAAAAGAAAAAUUAAACUUUUCAAAAUCGUUUAAAAUGUUGUAAAAAAAAUGAAGACAACCGUAGCCGAUACCGUUCUGCAUCCGACCCGCACACUCUUGUGCGGUCCUUUAACUUUUAGCGGUGCGUGUACUUAUACUGACAAAUCUAAUACCGUUUACUCGACCUCAUCCCGCUCCUGCUUUCAGUAUGUGUAGCGCCUUAUUGGUAUCGCAAAUAUCGCAAAUUCUGUCAUGUCCGUGACUUAUGCGGGUUGGAUCAUUUUUGCAAUACUUUACCUGAUAUUAUCACCCUACAUAAAGCAAAAAAUAGAUAUCACCUGCUCCAAACACCGCUCAAAAAUGGAAUGAAGCUGUUGGUUUCCAAAAAGGAGAGAUUUGUGGAGGCUUCAAUACGGUUUACAGUAAGGUAAGGUAAAGUAAAUUGGAAUGUUGAACCGUUAUCCCAACGAGACUUUGCUCAGUUGACAAUCGCUUUGUCUUACGGAUGGACCUGUGAAAGAAAGUAAACACUCGAACGCGAAAACUCGUUCUGCUUACACCGAAGCUAAGUGUUGGUUUCCAAGGUGGCAGGGUCACAAAUCACUCUUUGUAAUUAAUUUAAUAACAUCAAGACUUUUGGGUAAGUUAUUGCUUUUAACUACUGUUAUUUUAGAAUGCGGUCAGAUAAAACGCUUUUUAUACUGUUUUGGUUCGGACGAUAGCAUAUAAAAGCUAAACACUGUGUCCUCUUAUCAUUUUAAUUUGUGCGUAUUUAGAACUAAUUGUAAUUAAGUAAGUCUACUGUGUUGUCGAAUGUAUUCUACUAAAUAAACCGAACAUUUAAUUAGAGAUAUUGGAAAAGUUGGUGUCAAAAGAAAAAAUAUCUGUGAAAAACUGAAAGUUAAAAUUCAACUUUAUUAUUAGGGGAAGACAAUUAUUUCCUGCUGCAGUUAGCCCUCAAGCAAGCUCAAAAUACUUGUCGGAGCCCCUCCAUCGAACUAACAACAUGAGAACUUUUGGAACAUUUAUCUUUCUAGUCUCCAUUGCGUCAACUCUUUGCGAUGUUCCAAAAGAUUACAUUGGAAACCCAAAUGACAGUCAUGGGUACAAAUUGAUGUAUCAUGCCAAAACAUGGACGGAGGCUCGGGAUGAUUGCGCCAAUAUUGGAGCCAAAUUGGCGGUGCCAAAGACCAGGGAUCAAUUUGAGUUUAUCCAGAAAAUAGUUAGGAGCAUGCAGUACCAGAGUAUUGUGGGCACGGAAUACAAACUCUUAGUGUGGCUUGGCAUUAGCAACCUAAAAAACUAUCAAGUCUGGGCGAAUGUUGACGGUGAAAACAUAGAAGACACAGAAUUUCACACUUGGGCUGGACAAAACGGAUUGAAAAGUGAAAACCCUGCGGAGCCGCAUUGCGUUGGGAUGGACUCUAUGAACUUCGGACUUCGCGACUGGUGGUGCCACCAGCGUCAGCCGUACAUUUGCGAAAUACUAACUGUUCAGAAUGCAACACAAUAAAUUAUAAAUAUCUUCCUAUCCAGAAAAAAAUAUAUUUUCUGUAAUUCUUUCUAAGUACUGAUAUCUAUCCGUUGAUUGAUUCUAAAUAAACAAGGGUAAAAUACUUGCACGAACGGUAUUAUUAAAACACUUUAGGUACUAUCUA